CGGCUGUGGCGCAUCUCUAUUGCAGACAUUGCCGGUGACCAAAUUGGAUCGGGUAAAUAUAACUAUAAAAACUAGCCGAAAGAUGACCACGCUGCGACCCUUCACCUGCGACGACCUCUUCAAAUUCAACAAUGUAAACUUUGACCCACUUACGGAGACUUAUGGGCUGUCCUUCUACACGCAGUACUUGGCCAAGUGGCCGGAGUACUUCCAGCUGGCGGAGUCCCCCAGCGGGCAGAUAAUGGGCUACAUAAUGGGCAAGGUAGAGGGUCACCUGGACAACUGGCACGGGCACGUUACAGCGCUAACGGUCUCGCCCGACUAUCGGCGACUCGGCUUGGCCGCGCUCCUCAUGAGCUUCCUGGAGGACAUUUCGGAAAAGAAGCGGGCAUACUUUGUUGAUCUAUUCGUGCGAAAGAGCAACCAGGUGGCGAUAAACAUGUACACGAACCUAGGCUACAUUAUCUACCGCACCAUACUCGAGUACUAUUCCGGCGACCAGGACGAGGAUGCGUACGACAUGAGAAAGGCCUUGUCCAGGGACGUGAACAAGAAGUCGGUCAUACCGUACACGCAGCCUGUACGACUGGAAGAUAUAGAUAUGAAUUGAUACCAUAUCAAACCCAGUAGCGCCCGCCAUCGCAUUUAUGUCUAACUGAUCCCAAUCCACAAAUUUAACGGGCGCGAGCGCAUCACUUCGCCGCCCAUUGAUUCUAGUUAAAUUAGAUAUGUAAAUAAUCCGCAGUCCCGCAAUCCCGCAAUCUUCCCGGUAAUAACAUGCCAUUCUAUUCUAACCGGUAUUCUGCUUGCGAAUAGAACCCCCCAUGCCGACAACAUUUACAUGCAUAUCCCACUCAAAAGUAAACCUGUAAUAGUAUGUCUGCCCUCGUUACAAAUUUGAGCUCGAAUUUUCUAAAAUUCUAUUGACUUUGAAAUUAUUUAAAGAUUUCUUAAGCCGAUGCGUAAAUAACCGUAAUUCAAAGAUUGUUCCACAGUUCUGAAGAUUACUAUGCGAGAGCUGCGCAGACAAAUGCGACACGACCACUGAAUGGGACUCUCGACCUUCGAAGUACUUUGUCGGCCUGCCGAUUUCCAAUUACUAUUGAUUUAUAUUUUGUAGACACCCCUUUUAUCAAAAUAUUUUAAUUAAAUCAAUGUGCAUAUAAA